CGCCUUCGAGAUCAUUCCCAAAGUGUCCCUCUUGUAAAGGCGAUCAUACGUUAGUCGAAUGCGAUAAAUUUAAGAAAAUGAAUAUUGACGAUAAACGACGUUUUGUUCAGGAAAGUAGACUCUGUUUUAAUUGUUUAACUUAUGGACAUCGUGCUGGGUUUUGUAGAAAACGCAUAAAUUGUGAUAUAUGUAAGGGACAUCACGCUACCAUACUUCAUCAGCAGAAUCCAAUUCCUCAAGCUACAAGUUGUUUCACAAAUGAAGGUAAAUUGAAAUCGUCAAAGAUAGGCCAACCCUUUAUUUUUGGUAAAAUUAGAAAUGGCGGAAAACUGUUACCAGCGAUCGGGUUAUAUGACAGUGGUUCAAACGGCACAUUUGUUACGAGUACAGCUUUAAGUAAAGUUGGUAUAACCGGCAAAUCGACAGAGCUAGGAUUAACUACACUUUGUAAGGAAAACGAUUCCGUAAACAGUUUGGUCACAGACGUGGAAUUCCUCAGUCAGGAUGAAGAACACCUUACUGUAUUGAAUUCGGUAUAUUCUCUCCCGUCCUUGCCUAUAUCGACUGCAGAUAUCCCAACACAAGAAGAUAUUGACUCUUGGCCGCAUUUAAAGGGUAUUACUGUACCCAAGUUAGUACCAGGACAAGAAGUUGAUUUAUUGAUCGGCAAUGACAAUAGUGUUAUUUUCGAACCGUUAGAAAUCAGGCACAGUCAGAAUAACGGCCCCUUUGCUGUCAGAACAAAAUUUGGUUGGUUAAUUAAUGGACCUUUUGGGAAGAAUGCUUCACAGCAGAGAACAUGUAAUUUUAUGAGGAAAGAUGUUGAACUUAACCAGCAGUUUGAGCAGUUUUGUAACUAUGAAUUUAAUGAUUCCAUUGACGAUACCCUAGUCACCAUGUCUCGCGAAGAUAGUAAAGCAUUAUCUGUAUUUGAACAGUCUAUAAAUCUGGUUGAUGGUCACUAUGAAGUAUCGCUGCCUUGGAAACAUGAUCAACUACAGCUACCAAAUCCAAGAAUAAUGGCAGAACACAGGUUAAUGUUAUUGAAACGAAGAUUCCUGAAAGAUGCUGUUUUAUUUGAAAAGUAUUCAGAGAUAAUUAACGAACUUCUCUCCAAGAAAUACGCAGAGGUAGUCCCUCCUGGCCAUAUAGAUAGGGCUAACGAUAGAGUAUGGUAUCUGCCACACCACCCGGUGGUAAACACAAAGAAGCCAGGAAAACUUAGGGUCGUUUUUGACUGCGCAGCAAAGUUUAAGGGAGUAGCUUUGAACGACGUACUUCUUAAGGGCCCAGAUUUGACCAGUUCCCUUGUUGGAGUAUUACUGAGGUUUCGCCAAGGAUACUAUGCAUUAAUGGGCGACGUAGAAUCUAUGUUUCAUCAAGUGAAUGUGCCUCAAGAUGAAAGAGACGUGUUUCGUUUCCUAUGGUGGCAGUCAAAUGAUGUUAAUGGUGAACUCAUUGAGCUACGUAUGCGCGUCCAUUUGUUUGGGGCAACUUCAUCGCCCAGCGUUUGUAACUUUACCCUACGUAGAACCGCAGAAGACAACUGCGAAGCUUUUGACAGCGAAGUUGUUGAAACAGUACAGAAAAACUUCUAUGUUGAUGACUGUUUGAAGUCUUUGGACGAUGAAAAUGAAGCCAUAAGUCUUGUAGACAACCUGAGGAAACUAUUACUGAAAGGAGGAUUUAAUUUAACGAAAUGGGUUUCAAACUCAAGAAACAUUAUUAAAUCUAUAUCGGAGACCGAGAGAGCUAAAACUGUGAAGAACCUGGACUUCGACGGAUUACCAAUCGAACGUGCUCUAGGUGUUUUGUGGGAUACAGAAUCGGAUUGCUUCACCUUUAAUGUAGUGUUGAAAGAAAAACCAAUAAGUAGACGUGGCAUAUUGUCGAUCCUGUCAUCGGUGUAUGAUCCUUUAGGAUUCGUAGCUCCUUUCGUUUUGAAUGCUAAGUUGAUACUUCAAGAACUUUGUCGCUUAAAACUUGGAUGGGACAAUAAGAUACCAGAUGAGUAUGAGAAAUUGUGGCUUUCCUGGAUGGAAGAUCUUCCUCUGCUAUCUAAUUUACAAGUCAGUAGGUGUCUUAAACCACCACCAUCGUGUGCUAGAGUUGUGUCGGUACAGUUACAUUGUUUUUCGGAUGCCUCACAACAAGGUUAUGGUGCUGUCAGUUACUUACGUUUUAUUGAUGAUGCUGGAAAUGUAUGCUGUUCGUUUGCGACUGGUAAAUCUCGAGUUUCACCAUUAAAGAGCAUAAGCAUUCCCAGACUAGAAUUAUCAGCAGCAGUAGUCUCGGUUAGAUUAAACAAAAUCAUUACAAGAGAACUACAGAUGAAGAUAGACAAGAGUUUUUAUUGGACAGAUAGUACUUCGGUACUAAAGUAUGUCAACAAUCAAGAUAAGCGGUUUCAUACUUUUGUAGGCAAUCGAAUUUCGACUAUUUUAGAUGGAUCUCAGCCUUCGCAGUGGAAGUACGUGGAAUCGGCAAGAAAUCCCGCUGAUGAAGCUUCAAGGGGCGUUGCCGCCAAGACUAUUUUGGGAGGUUCCAAGUGGAUAUCGGGGCCGGAUUUUCUUUGGAAGGAUGAGUUAGAAUGGCCCAGUCAGCCCCAUGAAUAUGUAAUUCAAGACACAGAUCCCGAGGUUAGAAUUGAAAAACAUUCACGGUUUGUUAUAAAGGGAGAUAACUCCCUUCUCGAUCAGCUCGUCAAAAGAUUUUCGUCGUGGUACAAGUUAAAAAGGUGUGUGGCAUGGAUCUUAAGGUACCGGGAAAUUCUUAAAGCUAGAUGUCAAGGAAACCAGGCUGGUCGAGAUGUUAAGAAAUUACAGGAACCCUCUAGACUAACAGUUGUAGAGUUAACGGCUGCAGAGACAGAAAUUUUGAAGCUCGUGCAUAAAACUAGUUUUCCGGAAGAGUAUGCUGUUUUGUCAAAGAAAGAUGAAAAUGGUCGUGUCAGCAGAAAGAGUCCUAUAUUUAAGUUGGAUCCAGUACUGAUCGGAGGUCUAAUUAGAGUAGGUGGUCGCCUGAGAAGACACAAUGGACUAUUCGACACAAAGCAUCAGAUCAUUUUACCCAAGCGGAAUCCUGUGACUGAAUUAGUUAUUCGCCAUUAUCAUGAGAUGUUAGCUCAUUCUGGUAGAGAAUAUUGUUUAUCUAGUAUUAGAAGGAGAUUUUGGCCUAUAAAUGGUAACUCUGCGGUACGUCGAGUUUUAAGUGAUUGUUAUAAUUGUCGCAGAAGGAAUGCACCAGUUUGUAAUCAACGAAUGGCUGAUCUACCAAAGGAACGAGUCACUCCAGAUCUUCCACCAUUUUCCUACAUAGGAAUAGACUGUUUCGGACCGUUCUUUGUGAAGAGAGGAAGAAGUCAGCUCAAACGAUAUGGGUGCAUUUUUACCUGUCUGUCCUGUCGUGCGGUUCAUCUCGAGGUUCUGCAUUCAAUGGACACAGAUUCUUUUCUAAACGCCUUUCGUCGGUUCAUAUGUAGGCGAGGAUCACCACUGAAGAUUAGAAGUGACAAUGGUGGUAAUUUUGUUGCUGGUAGUAAAGAGAUUAAAGGGUCAAUAGAAGAAUGGAAUCGGAAGCAGGUUGAUGAUUUCAUGCUACAGAGGGAAAUAGAAUGGUGUUUUAAUCCACCAGCGGGGUCACAUUUUGGUGGCAUCUGGGAAAGGUGUAUCCGCUCAGUUCGUAAAAUUUUAGAUUCACUGCUGAAUGAACAAGUAUUGUGCGACGAAAGCCUGAACACUUUGUUUUGUGAAGUGGAAAUGAUUAUUAAUGGACGUCCGUUAACCAAGGUAUCUGAUGAUCCCAAUGAUCAAGAAGCUUUAACCCCAAAUCAUUUGAUGUUGCUCCGUGCCGCAGGUAGUUAUCCACCUGGUUUAUUCGUAGAAAGGGACCUGUACGUCAGGAACCGAUGGAGGCAAGUCCAGUACCUUGCUAACGUUUUUUGGCGUCGAUGGACACGUGAAUAUCUUCCGCUCCUACAGGUGCGACAGAAGUGGAAUGAGAAACAAAGGAACUUAGUCAUUGGUGAUGUCAUUUUACUUGCUGAUAAGGAUCAACCGAGAGGAUCGUGGCCUUUGGGACGUGUGGUUGAAGUUUAUCCGGAUGACCAGGGAACAGUGCGUGUUGUAAAAUUACUGACUAAGGAUUGUAAAUCUUUAUGUAGACCUGUAGAUAAGUGUGUAUUGCUAGAAAUUGCAUCUGAUUAGAAUAUUGUGCUUCGUGGUAUAUGAUAUGUAAUUAUUUGCUAUGGUUAAGACAGUAUUAUUAAGAAUCAGUAAUGUUACUUUUAUUGUGUACUUUUUAUGGUUAGGAUAGUGUUAUUUAGAAUCAUUAAUGUUACUUUUAUUAAACGUUUCACUAGUUAAGUUCCACGUUUAACGGGGCCGGUAUGUUGAUUCUAAAUGUCAUAAAUUUAGUAAUAUAUAAUUAUACAGUAGGCAUAGAAGAGUUAUGUCCCUUUUUUAUUUGGUUUAAUUUUCCUGGCAUGCAACAUUUAUAAUAUAUGUACAGCAUUUAGAGUUAUCUUUCUUAAGUCUAGAAAAAGGGUACAAUGGCUGAUAGAUAUUAAAGAAGUUUGUGUUAUAUAAGGGCCAAACGUAUCUAAAUCAAACAGCUCAAGAAUUAUUAAUGUUAUUGUUGUUAUUCUCAUCAAAUACGUAGGCCACAGUGAUAUUUAUGUCCAAGAACUAAUAAAUGUGCUUUUAGUACGGUAAUUAAUGGUCAA